CAAUUUUUUUUUCGUCUGUCAUUGUUUAGUCACACUGUCUUCACUUUCAAAAAAAAAUGCCUUCUUCAACUUCAUAUAAACCCACUCACCCUGAGCAAUUUCUAGUCAAAUGGAUUGGCGAUCCUGAAAAUUACAACUCAAAGCUUCUUACUGCUAAAAGCUACAAGAAGGGAGAGGUUAUUGCCUCGCUUGAAGGCUUGACUGCCGGACCCAAGGCUUACUCCAGCGUUCAAAUCAGUGAAGACGAGCACGUAGAACUCAACAGUGAUUUACUUUACAUGAAUCAUUCUUGCAGUCCCACUGCUGUCCUAGACCUCAAGAGAAGAGCAGUCCUUGCUAAUGUGGAUCUUGCUACUGGCGAUGAAAUUACUUUCUUUUAUCCUUCCACCGAAUGGGACAUGGCCCAACCUUUUGACUGCUGGUGCGGUUCAAGCUCGUGCAUCAAAACAGUUCAAGGAGCAAGCAAGAUUAAUACCGCAACACUGAAGAACUUCCAGCUGAGCGAGCAUAUCCAACGUCUUUUAGAGAAAAGAGGCGAGAAUUAAAGGCACCAGUAAAGGUUGCCCUUGUCAGCAGCACAAAGAUAAAAGCAUACCAGAUAACAGUACUUUAAAAUAAAGUUAUCCUUUGUAGAACGCCAGGUCUUCGC